AUGAGGAGUUGGAAUAAAUGGGUCCAAGCAGGAAUCAUUUUUUCUCUCUUUCUACUUUUCAAGAUACUGGUAACUCGCGAAAGUGUCCCAGAUCAAACGCCCAACUUGCAUUCUUUGUUCCGUGAACCGCGGAUACAACGACAGCACAAUCCCGAUGCAUCUUUGUCCAGGCCGUUUUUGGACAAAGUCAACAACUUUUGGCUGGUCAGUGGCAGCACGCAGAUCAGAAAUCUGGGAACUUUAAGACUGACUUCACGCGGCCAACCGGGCCAGCAUGGUGUAAUAGUAUCGAACGGAGCAGGAGACAACGUUUUGGACGAUUUCGAGACCAUAGUUUCGUUCAGCAUCUCGGGUAAAAAAAACGAUGGCAUGCGUGGGAAGCGCCAGAUGGGUGACGGUAUGGUAUUCAUGAUUACCCCGGAAAAACGAUUUGUGUCUCUUGAUCUGCGGUCUUCGUACGCCAAACAACAAUACUUGCAUAAUUCAGGUGGUAUCCUAUACAGCGAUUGUGAGCUCAUGGGGCUACCGCGGAACCUUCCCGGACUCGCCGUUGUUGUCGAUACAUACCGGAAUGACCCCAAAACCAAAAUUAGUGCGCCUUUCGCCAACAUCUUGCUCAACGUGGAUCCACAAAGACAUCAUUACGACGCUGCAUCCGACGGUAAAAAAAGCACGGGCUUUUCACUGGCGGGCCCUCUCAAAUUAAAAGGUUCUCUUUUGUCAGGAAAGGACGUUAAGCUCAGAAUCAUUUCCUUAGAAAGUAUUGGGUUUCUGAAGAUAGAUGUGUCAUAUUCGGACCACGAAAACUGGAUCGAGCUUUAUCAGAAGGAUAAAAAUCUGUUUUUGCCCAAAAAUCAAAAGACGGGAGAACGGUAUAUCGCAAUUGGAGCGCUGACUGGCGAGCUCACCGAGACUGUUGAGAUAAAACAUGUAGAGACCUCUGAGUUUCAUUGGAGCGCCGAAGAUGAUGAAGAUUUUGAUCUGGCAGAUGAGAUGCGCUUUUUCCUAGCCCACGAGUACGGCGAGUUUAUCAGUAUCAAGAAAGACGAGCUUAACGAUUGGGAAGCCGCUAAAGCACAAGGGAAAACAAAUCUAGAUCUCAUACCGAACAAACCGCCAUCGUUGACCAUUUCCAUACUCAAAUGGUUGUGCAUAGUUGUCACCGUGUAUGGACUUUCGCUUACAGUGCGGAUUGCAUUAAGGCGCAUGCAUAUUAUACGGGCCAAAAAGCGUCCGCGGAACAUUUUGGGUUGA